UUCUUUCUUUUAGUGUAAUACGUGGAGAGCAUUAAAAGACUUAUCUUGGAUGGUUUUAAAGGUGAACUGAUUUUUCUGCAUGUGUAUCUAAUGAAGAAUAGUCCAUGUAACAUGGUGAAAUAGGCAGAAUAUAUCCCAGAGAUCUGCACUGACAAACAAAUGUGCGUGUGUACUGAAGAUAUUUAUACAUUUCAUCUUUAAAUUAUUGCAUGGAUUUAGAAGCUGCUCAGUUCAGCCCCUGAUCACAAAUGCAGAAAAGGUGGACUGUGGAUAAGAUAGACAAAGAAAAGUAUAUGGCCACAUUGCUCUCCUGAUGUUAUCAAGACUUGCCAAGAAUUCACCUGCUCUAUUGGUGUAUAAUAGUUCUGUGGAUGCUAUCUCAAAAUCGCAAUGAAUUUACAUCCUUUUCCUGGUAGCUGAGGAAACAGUGGACCAAAUUUUUAAGUUCCUUUCUGUGAUUGUUAUGCUUGCCACUAUAACAAGAUUCCAGCAGCUCCCAAAACAUUGAGACGUGUAUAUAUAACCAGAUGUAUCUGCAUUUUGAACUCCUACAUUAGAGAGUUACAUUUGGACAGCAUAAUUAAAUAUGUCUGGAAGACAACAAAUCCAUGUUUUCUUUGGAGCACCCAUCAUUCCAACUCAACUGGAGGUGUAUGAGAAAAAGUGUUCUUCAAUAACUGCUGCUGAACCAUGGAAAGAACUACAUCUUUCCUAUUGUGGGCAUGCCUUAUGCUUUUCCUCUGAGAAAGUAAAAGAAACUGGCCAUGUAGAACUUCAAGCAACAAACUCUGUGGACCUGACUCAUCAUAUCAAAAAUCAGUUUUCUUUGAACUCUGGACAGAGGAGAUUUGAGGUUGCAGAAGACUGUAUGACAUCUUGUGUUUCAGUAAUAGGAAGCAUGGACAUUCUUGACAGUGCACCUACCAGAACUGGUGAUCUAGCUUACUCUGAUUAUCAAAAAUCUAAAGAUAGAGAAAUAUACAAAAAUCAGGUUGCAUAUCAACAGCUUCCUCAGAUAUUUACAAAAACAGAAAAACGCCACAGAAAACAAUCAAAGGACUGUUUUUCAAACUACGCUGAAAGUGAUACCAGACAUAUGAGAGACAACUGCUGUGAUAUUUCUGAUUUGUUUUCCAGCGCCAAACAGAUUAGCAUGCAUCUAAAAUCUGUGGGACAAGAAGAUGUUACAUCAGAAUUGAAUAGUGUUAAUCAUGAACAUCUGAGUCAGUAUCUGGAGAUGUGUUUUCCCAUGAAAUUAGAGUCAAAACCAAAAAUAGUUAAGAAUGAUUGUUUCAACCUUGCAGUAUCAACAGACACUGAAUUUCUUAGUAUACUGACUUCAAGUCAAGUUGCCAUUUUUGCACAAAAAACAUUUAAAAAACAAGCUGCACAACUAAGUGGAUUAGAAACAGGAACAAUGUGUGUUGAAAGAAAAGCAGCUUUAAGUCAAACCUUUAAAUUGAACCAUAAUGCUGGAAAAUGCAUUAGUGUGACUGAAACUGAAUACAGACAAGAGUCUUCCAAGUCUCGUGGACUUUUCAGUUCUGAAGGUGCCAGAAAAACUAGCUGCUUUGAGUCUACAAAAAACCCAGAUUCUUGUGAAAAUACAAAAAGGUCCCCGCAGCUCUUUACUGUUCCUGAACAACUUCUGAAUGAGAUCCAUAUUGAACCACUGAGCACAGGACUUCUGUGCUCCCAAGUAAAUUAUUCUCAUAAAUUCUCUUCUAAAAGAGCCCGAACAUUUGAAGAUACUCCAAGUAUUUGUAAUUCGGUACCUAAAACCGAAAACUCAAAGAGAGCUAAAUUGUCUUGUUCUUCAGCUAGUCCUGGAAUAAUAGCAGAUCGAGAGAAAGUAUCAGAAUUUGUGAAACUCCAGAACAAUCCAUUAUUACUUAAAAACUGCUGUUGCAAAAGUCAGAAAUAUGUUGUUUUGGUCGCAGUAAUACAUCCUUGUCAUGUCAAAGAAAUUCUAAUCAAGUCAAGAUCAAGAUCUUCCUCUAAAAUUCCCAUAGCAACUAUUGUUGUUAUCGACCAGUCAGAAGUAGAAAGAAAGAUUGUGCUGUGGCGAGCUGCUGCAUUUUGGUCACUCACAGUGUUCCCUGGUGAUAUUGUACUACUCACAGAUGUCACUGUGUAUGAGAACCUUUGGUUUGGGGAGAUGAUGCUACAGUCAACCUUUGCCAGUCGGUUAUUAAAUCUGGGGAGCUGCUCAGCUAUUAAUCCCAAAGAAUUUUCUCAUGUAGUAGACGUUGGUGUUCUCCAGGAUUUACUGGCAUAUGUAUCUUCAAAAUUUACCUACCUCAGAGAUCUUCCACGCAUGCAUCUGCAGAAAUGGGAUAAUAUACAGCAUGUUCAACUAGACCAACUUCAGCAAGAUACAUUGAUUCAUUCAGUAUUAAAAAUCGUCAGCAUCUCCAUACUAACAGAAGCUGUGUACAGUUACAAGGGAGAAAAGCAAAGAAAAGUUAUUCUAACAGUGGAACAGAUCAGAGAUCAACCUUAUAUAAUGGUACUGUGGGGUGCAGGGGCAGCCUGGUACCCUCAACUACGGAAGAAAAAAGAUCACCUCUGGGAAUUUAAAAACCUCCUUGUCCAAUGUAGUUCUAUCUCAGGUACCUUUGAGUUGCACACAACUCCUUGGUCAUCCUGUGAGUGCUUAUUUGAUGAUGACAAAAGGGCAAUUACGUUUAAAGAGAAGUUUCAAAAAAGUGAAAAGUCUCUCAUGAAGAUGACAGAUCUGUCAACACACAUAAUGGAAAAACGUUCAGGACUGUUUCAAGUGAAAACCCAAAUCUUAGAACUGAAGUUUGUGAUUGCUACUGACCAGUUCAGGCAACUCAUCUUAGAUUCUGACACUUCACUGGAAUGCAUUUUGGCUUCCCUUCCUCUUUUAACGUAUUCAGGUUGUGCUAAAUGUGGGUUGGAACUACAGACCGAUAAAAACAAGAUCUACAAGCAGUGCUUGCGGUGCUUACCAUUAAACGAAGUGAAAACGUUCUACAGAUCUGCCCUGAUGACUGUAGAACAUGGGGAAUGUGAUAUUUGUAUUCAUGUGGUGUCAGAGUUGAUGGAAAAAAUCUUCCUCAAUGUUCCUGCAGACUGGCUGAACAGACUCAUAGGGCCCUCUUCAGACACAACCUAUGCCAUGAUAGUAGCAGAUCUAUGCCACUCACUGCUAGCAGACACCAAAGCAUCCUAUUUGUUGGAAAUUAGAAGCCAUUUUGUGCUGGAUGAAAACAGCUAUCCUUUGCAACAAGAUUUUCAUCUGCUGGAUUUUCAUCCUGAAAUCUGGAGCACUGACCUCUGCAGUUAACAGAGAUCAUAUGAGCAAGCCGAUAGCAAGCUAAAGAAGACAAAUAAAUUAGCCCAUGAGAGUAAGUUUUUUAAAAGUAUAAAAUUGUUUUACGUUUAAUUUAUACAAAAAUCUAAAUAUGGAAAUUUGUUAUUUAUAUAUACUGCUUCUGUAGUAUUUAAUGAAUUGUCAUGUGGUAUACUUUUAUACAACAAUUUUGCUUUUAUUUUCAUUAAAGAGGAUUUUCCCCAUUGA